AUGUCUGUCAUUCUCGCAUCAGCAGGUUAUGAUCAUACUAUUCGGUUCUGGGAGGCUCUUACCGGUGUCUGUUCAAGGACAAUUCAGCAUAGUGAUUCUCAGGUGAAUCGGCUAGAGAUUACGUCAGACAAGAAGUACUUGGCUGCCGCUGGCAAUCCAAAAGUGCGACUGUAUGACAUAAGGUCAACGAAUCCGAAUCCUGUUGCUCAUUUUGAAGGUCAUACGAGCAAUGUGACUUCAAUAGCUUUCCAAAUAGAUAGCCGAUGGAUGUGUUCGUCGUCUGAGGACGGUACAGUUAAAGUCUGGGAUGUACGAUCUCCCAGCGUGCAACGAAAUUAUAAGCAUAAUUGUCCGGUCAACGAAGUGGUGAUCCAUCCUAAUCAGGGUGAGUUGAUUAGCUGUGACCAAAAUGGAACGGUGCGAGUUUGGGAUUUGAGCGAGAACAAGUGCACACAUCAGUUGAUUCCCGAAGAUGACGUGUCUAUACAGUCUGUUUCCGUUGCAUCUGACGGCUCAAUGCUAGUUGCAGGAAAUAACAAGGGAAACUGUUAUGUGUGGGAUAUGGAAAACAAUACAGAUGAAACUAUUCUGAAGCCUGCUCGGAAAUUCAAGGCUCAUUCCAAGUAUAUUACCAGAGUAUUACUUUCUUCCGAUUGCAGGCACCUUGCUACGUGUUCAGCAGACCAUACCACUCGCAUAUGGUCGACAAUGGACGAUUUUCAACUCGAGACCACACUUCGAGGACACCAAAGAUGGGUAUGGGACUGCUCGUUUAGUGCAGACAGUGCCUACUUGGUGACGGCAUGCUCGGAUCAUUAUGUGAGAUUGUGGGAUUUAAGUACCAACGAAACGGUUAGACAAUACAAUGGACACAACAAAGGUGUGGUCAGUGUUGCAUUGAAUGAUGUGUAA